AUGGAUGUAAAUAAUUAUAAAGAACUACCAGAAUCGAUAAUUAAUAAAGAUGAAAAUAAUCAUAAAGGACCAUCAGAACCGAGGAUUAAUAUGGAUGUAAAUAAUUAUAAAGAACUACCAGAAUCGAUAAUUAAUAAAGAUGAAAAUAAUCAUAAAGGACCAUCAGAACUGUGGAUUGAUAUAGAUGAAAUUAAUUAUAAAGAACAAACAGAAUUGAAUAAGAAGAAUUCGAAGAAUUCCAAACGUCAAUUUACUAAUUAUAAUGCUAAAAAAGAGCAAUCAGAAAACGAACUUCAGCAAUUAUCAAUCAUCAGUAUGUGUACGACAUCAACUCUUGCAAUAGAGCUAAUAUAA